UAUUUGCGAAUGAUAAAUUACAUGAAUACGACAUUUUUGCGGCGUUCGGCCUAUGGAUUGUCCUUCAUGACGGCCGAACGUAGUUACAUAGUGGCGAAUCGUUAUGUAUUUUGGUGGACAGUGAUGUGUUUGCAAGGUACAAUGCAAUGGACUGUUGCUCCAUUAUUCGCAAGUACCCGCACACUACCGAUCGACGUGAAAUAUCCCGUAAAUGAGUUGUUAACUCCAUAUUAUCAAAUCAUCUAUUCUCUGCAUAGCAUGUGCCAGUUUUUGUUGGGAAUGAUUUUUGGAAAUGCAUCAAGUGUACUUGCGAGUACGGUUAUUAUACUUAGCGGUCAAUUUGACAUAUUGUUGUGCAGUUUGAAAAACCUACGAGCCACUGCAAUCACAUUCAAUGGAUUCCGAUUGGACGAACUUCGAAAACUACAGUCAACGGUUGCAUUUGAACGUGAAGAGCUCAAUCAAUACUAUCUAGCGGCGGAGCUAAUGGAUGACGUUGAAUCGAACACGGCAAAAAUGCGAACCAUUCUAGAACGAGAUCCAAGAAAAUUCCAUCCAUCAAAGCAAUACCUACCGCAAGACAAUUACUUAACCGAUUUGUCGGAAGAGUUAAAUCAUGCAAUUUUUGCUUGCAUCAAACAUCAUCAAAUGCUCAUUGAGUUCGUUGCAAUGAUGGAAGAUUUUUUCAGUCUAUUUGUGCUGCUCAAAUCAUUUCAGAGUACAUUUCAAAUCUGCAAUUUAUUAUUUACAUUUAUAAAGAUUGAAGGAACGGCCAAACAAUAUUUCAAUAUGACAGCAUAUUUGAUAUUGACAUUGUUAGAUGUAUUUCAAUUGUGCUAUUUUGGUGAAACAUUAAAACAACAAUCAUCGCAUAUCGGUGAUGCAUUGCUUCGGUGCGAAUGGUACCUGUGUGGUGGCCCGUUUCGUCGAAUCGCAUCGAUUAUCCUUGCGAAUUGCAAUCAACCACUGGUCAUGACGGGUGGGAAAUUUUUCAUUCUUGGCUUUUCGAAAUUUACAAGUAUUAUGAAAGCAUCGUUCUCUUAUUUUACACUGUUGCAGCAUUUGGGAAAAUAG